AUGCCCACAGACAGCAGGUACUCCUUGGAGAGUCAGAAGGAGGAGGAGGACGAGGAGGAGGAAGAGGAAGAGGAGGAAGAAGGGGAUCCCCGCGACCCAGCGCCGCCCCCGCACCACGAAUGGACCUACGAGGAGCAGUUCAAACAGCUCUAUGAACUAGAUGAGGACCCAAAACGCAAGGAGUUCCUGGAUGACCUUUUUGGCUUCAUGCAGAAGAGAGGGACACCGGUGAACCGCAUCCCCAUCAUGGCCAAGCAAGUGUUGGACCUGUACACACUGUACCAGCUGGUGACAGACAAGGGUGGCCUGGUCGAAGUCAUCAACAAGAAGAUCUGGCGGGAGAUCACCAAGGGCCUCAACCUACCUACCUCCAUCACCAGUGCUGCCUUCACCCUUCGCACACAAUACAUGAAGUACCUGUAUCCCUAUGAAUGUGAGAAGCGGGCGCUCAGCUCUCCCGGAGAGCUCCAAGCUGCCAUCGACAGCAACCGUCGGGAGGGGCGGAGGCAGACUUUUGGCACAGCACUCUUCAACUACUCACCGGCCAGCACCCCAACCCUGCUGGGCACCCCCAAAAUGCCUCUGCCAGCUCUUAGCAUCUCCACACACAGCUGUGGCCAGCUCAACCAAGUGCACAGUGUUAAGAAAGAGGAUGGAAUGCUGGCAGCAUCCGUGCCAGGGCACAUUGCUAUCCCGGUGGGACUGGCCGGGCAUCAUCUCACGGCAGCCCAAGCAGCAGCUGCCUCACAGGCAGUGGUGCUGGAGCAGCUGCGGGAGAAGCUGGAGACAGGGGAGCCCCCAGAGAAGAAGGUGGCCCUGACAGCAGAGGAGCAGCAGCGGCUGGUGCAACACGCGCUUCAGCACAACCUCCUGGCCAUGGCCUCCCAGUUCCCCAUGAACGUCAAGAUCUCCAACCGAGAUGACAGACAGGAGACCGCAUUGAACCUGUCCACCAACAGCAUUAGCAGUAUCAACAUGUCAAUAGAAAUAAAUGGAGUUGUCUACACAGGUGUCCUGUUCGCCCGCCGGCCCUCAGCCACCCUGGCAUCUGGUGGAGGGAGCACCCAGACUCGUCCAAACCCCAUGCCUCCUCCAAACCCCCUGCUCCCGGCCUCCUCUCAAAGCCACACUCCCACUAGCACCUCCCCGUGAGGCAGACAUGCCCCCACCCUGGAAACAGCUGGGGGUGCCCAAAGUCUGGGGGCCUGAACUGUGGGACCCAGCUGGGCCACCAGGGUAGGAUGGGGGACACAGAGGUGCUUUUGCUGCAAUACUGAGCUGUGUCCAUGCAAGGCUGUGAGCACCCACGUGGGCCCUUUUGUCCCUUAUCCCCCCACGUGCCCUUUCUCUCUCACACACACACAGACAAACACACACAAAUGUUCCUUCCCAAGGCACUACCCCCAGGUAACCCCCCACAUACAUCUCCUGCUGCCCUGAUGCCUGGGGGACCCCCGGGACCUGCAUGCUGCAUCCCCUACAUCCUGCAGCCCCUAACUCACCUCAAUGCACGCACUGCUGCCCCUGUACAUGCCUCAAUGCAUACACUGUAUCCCCUGCACACACCCUUAAUGCCCACAUUGCCUCUCCAUACACACCCUCCGUUCAAACACUGCAGGCACGGUAUUCUGCAGCCCCUAUAAAUUGUAGCCCCUAUACACUGCAGCCCCUAUAUAUACUGCACCCCCUACCCACUGCAGAUGCCCCUACCCAGCCCUCCUGCGCUGCCUGGGCUUGCUGCCCCUGCCCUGAGACACCCCCAGGGUGGUGGCAUCUGAGCCCCCCAGGUCCUCAGCUCAGGGGGAUCACCCUGGGGGGGGCAAAUAAUGGGGAUAUUGGUGGGAAUGGUGGGGGUGGAGCUUAUU